AGCGAAUCUCCAAAACGCGAGUUUCCAUCCCGAGAGAAUCCGCACAGGCACCGCCGCCCCGCGCCAGGUUCAACGUUGCGACGACGCUCCGCAGCGACCUGUGAAGAAGAAGGAAGAGACACACUCAGGAACAGUUGAGAACGCGGAGCUGGUUUUUUUAUGGAGAGAAGGCGGAAACAAAAAAAUCGAGAAACACAGACGCUGCCAUUUCCUUCGCCUCGGGAGGCACUCUGUCGAGGACAGCGGAGUCGAACGCAUUUCAUCAAGACCUCUUGCCGACGAAGGAAGUUGUCUUCUCGCCGGGUCCCCCGCGGCGAAAGUGAGGAGAGUUCUUCCAGCUUUCGGAGAAAAGAAAAAGGAAAACUCGAGCAAACCCGAGGCGGGGAAGGAGGGAGGAAGGCAGUGCUUCGAGAACAAGGCGCAGACACACAGCGCCGCGAGGGCGCGCCUGCUUUCGUUUUGUGUGAAGUCGUCUGCUACUCGUUUUUUCGAUGCGUCCUCAAAACGAUCUGUUCUUUCCUGAUAAGAGGAAAGAACAAACAGACUCUCGAGAAGGCUAACUGCCAAUAAACGCGUUCGGUUUAAAUACGCUUCUGUGCUUUCAGCUGGCUGGAGUCUUCCGAUGCUCGGUUGUUCGUUCUUUUCUGCAUGUAUGGUGGAAAAAAGGCGGCCUUUUCCUCGCUUCUCCGCCGCACUCCAGGCCGGCUUUUCCACAUCGCUUUUGCCAUAAUGCAGGCUCUUCGACCCUCUCUCGGUCCUUCUUCUCCCUCCAGUCUUCUCCCCAGAAAGGCAGGACGGCAAAAAUCCCUCGCGCCGCGCUUCUCCACCUCUCGUUCUCUCUCCUGCCCUCUCUCGCUUCUCUCCGCAGAGUCGACUUCUCUCUCCUCGUCUCCUGUCCUUCGCUGCUCGUCUGUCGCCUCGUGUCAGCCGGUUGCUUCUUGCUCUCGUCUGUCUCGUCGUGCUCUCUUUUCUUCUCUCCCUCGGCUUUCGUCGGUUCCGUGGUCUCCUCGUUUUUCUUCUCCUCAACAUGAGUGUGCUGUCUUACCUUGUUUCCGCGUCUCUCCCGCGUCUCCUCAACGUGGAUUUGUUUCGGAAUUCUCUACCCUCCCCCAACGCCUUUCUCUAACUUCGUCUUCUCCUCUCCGUUCUUCCUCUUCAUCUCCUCCGUCUUCUUCUCUCUCUUCUUCUCUCUCUUCUCUUUCUGCUUCUCUUUCUGUUCCUCUCCGUUCGUCUUCCUCGUCCUCUCUCUGUCUGUCUCGCCUUGAUGCUCUGGCUGGCCGCGACGCACCGCAACCGGGUAGCUUUCCAGUUGUUCGCGACUCCCCGGGAGCCCACGGCGUCGAAGGCGGCGGCUGCGGCGCGCGCGGCGGCGGAAGCUGUGGCGCGUUCCUCGACGGUGUCUGCGCCGUUCACGGUGCAGAAGCAGCAGCGUCUCCUCGCACUCCUCGCCGCGUCUUCCUCGGUCGCGGAUCCGUCUGCUGAUCUCUUCCGCGUCCACGGUCUCCCGGGAUUCUCGGGCUUCCGUCCCUCGUCGCCACCCCACUUGUCGAAGCUGUUUCGCGGCCGGGUGUCUCGACAUCUCUCGUGCAGACGCGUCAACCAUCUUGGGCGCAACAACAGCGGCCGAAUCACCGUCAGGUUCCGAGGCGCCGGGCAUUUCCGUCGUCUCCGUUUUGUGGACUACAAGCGCGGAAGGAAAGACAUCUUCGGCACGGUCCUUCGCCUCGAGUACGACCCGAACCGGUCUGCCCACCUCGCGCUGCUCCAGUACGACGACGGCGUGUUGUCGUACAUUCUCGCGACCGAGGUGACGCGUCCGGGAGACCGCGUCGUCGCCUCCAAACAUGCGAGCAUCGCUCCGGGGAACUGUCUGCCUCUCGGCAACAUUCCCGUCUCGACGAUCGUACAUAACGUCGAGUUGAGACCUGGGGCAGGGGGACAGAUCGUCCGCGCCGGAGGGUGCUACGCGACGGUCGUGGCGAAGGACAGGCACUUCGUCACGCUGAAGCUGUCGAGCACUGAAGUCCGGAGGUUCCCCGCCGACUGCUGGGCGACUGUCGGGCAAGUAUCGAACGCCGCGCAUGCAGAGAGAAUUCGCGGCAAGGCUGGGGUCUCCUACUGGAUGGGUGAACGGCCGCGAACGCGCGGCAAAGCCAUGAAUCCAGUCGACCACCCUCACGGCGGAGGAACAGGCAAGAAAGGCCUCAAGCGCCCUCCCGUCUCCAAAUGGGGCAUUCUCUGCAAGGGGUACAAGACGCGCGCGAAGAAGAAACCUCUCGGACUCAUUGUGCGCAGGAAGAAGGCAAACAAACUCAUUAAAAAAUUCGGAGAACUCGGUGCGUGAUGACUCACGCGCAGGCAGAGAAGAGAAAGGAGCCAGAGCAGAGAGAGAGAAAAAAGAGAAACAGACUGGAAAGAAGAGAACGAAAAAGAGCCGGAUGAAAGGGCAAACACGGGGAGGGAUGCACUGUGCGUUUUGGUAUGCUUGUUGGUUCAAUAUGCGACAACAAUCGAGUCGAAAAUGUCUUGAGACUCAUGACAUUUUUCUUUCUUCGCGAUUCUUCACCUGGAGCUACGUAAAUUUCCUCUCCUCGUUUUCCGGUGCCGUCGGGUGUCUCUUCCGGACUCGACCGAGGCGGAUGCUCGUCUGGCAAUCAGAUAAACAACGUUUCCACAAAAAACACUGAACAGCCAAGACUUGAGGUCCAAAGCCAUGUCUCUGCGGCCGUGCCGAAAACUGUUUCCGAACCCACACACCAUCAUGUGCACACACUCACAUGCACA